AAAAGAAACACCUAUAAAAGAAACGCCUAUAAAAGAAACGCCUAUAGUAGAAACACCUAUAGUAGAAACACCUAUAGUAAAAGACAUUUUAUCAGAGACAAAGCGUAAAGAACUUAAAGAAUCACGUAUUCCUACUUCUCGUAUUGGAAGGCUUUGGAAUUAUGGAACUUUAGCGACUGGUAUGGGUAUAGGGGCUAUCAAUGAAUCAUUUAGAAGAGCCACAGGCCUAUCUCAAGACAGCUCAGGUUCUGUUAUGCUUAGUGAAAGUAAUGUCAAUAGACUAGUUGAUAAACUGUCACGUAUGAGAGGUGCUGCUCUCAAGAUGGGCCAAAUGCUCAGUAUUCAGGGCAUUCAAGCCUCGGGCAAUAAGACUGGAUUACCCCCACAACUAGAACAGAUUUUGUUGAGAGUACAUGACAGUGCCAAUUAUAUGCCUCAAAAACAAAUGGAAAAAGUCAUGAGUAAAGAAUUAGGAAGUGACUGGAGAUCCAACUUUAAAGAGUUUGAUCCCAUACCUAUUGCUGCAGCCUCUAUCGGGCAAGUGCAUGCAGCCACUUUAGCAGGCACAAAUGAAUCUGUUGUUAUCAAGGUUCAGUAUCCAGGUGUAGCUGAAUCCAUUGAUAGUGAUCUCAGUAAUUUGAAAGCAUUAGUUACAUUCAGUAAUUUAUUGCCUCGAGGAUUGUAUUUGGAUAACACCAUUAAAGUCACCAAAGAGGAACUUGCUUGGGAAUGCGAUUACAUCCGUGAAGCAAACAACGCCAUUCGAUUCAAAUCAUUGCUGGAGGGAGACCAAAGAUACAAAGUGCCUAAAGUAAUCAAAGAUCUCUGUACUGAGCGCGUCUUGGUUAGUGAAAGAUUAACUGGGCGUGUGUUAAGCAAAGCAGUGGAAGAAUCUCAAGAGACUCGUAAUCAGUUGGGUGAAAAUUUGCUGCGUCUCUGCCUUCGUGAAGUAUUUUUAUUUAGAUUCAUGCAGACAGAUCCAAAUUGGUCAAACUUUUUCUACAACAAGACUCAAGUUGAAUUACUUGAUUUUGGUGCUUGUAGAGAAUACUCACAAGAAUUCUUGGAUCUUUAUGGUCGCAUUUUGGUUUCAGCAGCUCAUAAUGACCGUGAUGGUGUAUGGAAAUAUUCAAAAGAACUAGGAUUUGUAACAGGCUAUGAGACUGAGGUGAUGCGUAAUGCUCAUAUUGAUAGUGUCAUGGUUCUGGGAGAGCCUUUCAAGGCAUCAGCACCUGAUAACUUUGAUUUCCAGAGCCAGACAAUUACACAGCGUGUGCGAGAAACAAUUCCUGUCAUGCUUCGUCAUCGUCUAACUCCUCCUCCAGAUGAGACUUAUGGUCUUCACAAGAAGCUAUCGGGUGCAUUCCUACUGUGCACAAAGCUUGGAAGUAAAUUUGACACAAAAGCUGUCUGGAGAGAAGAAGUUGAAAACCAUUUUAAAAUGUAGAAAAUAAAAAACAUCUGUAUCAGCUAAAAACAUGA